AUGACGCACCGUCAGGCUCCCCAUUCUUCCCACUCCACCUUCCGCAUUCAUUUCUUACCUCUUUACUUUCUUCCGGCAGCGCUAUUUUCGCGCCUCCUCAACGCAGCCGACAAGCGACCCCCGAUUGCUCCCGGUCGCAACAUGGCACCUCCGCCCCCCGCUCCGCCGCUGCCUUUCGCCCCAGUCCGACCUUCUGGAGGCAUUGCUGCCCCACCACUGCCACCGUCUCACCCUGUCCAUGCACGAGUACCUUCCAAGCUACCGGAAUCCAUACCAGACGCUUCUUCCCCAUCAUCUCCACCAUCUAACCCGGAUGAUCGCAAUGAACUAGUAUUGUCCAAGGUGCCCCAGUCCACAUCCGGUCAUUUCUCAUCAUCACCGUCACCACCUCGUCCGGCGCAUUCACGAGCGCCUUCGAAGCUACCUUCAUCUCUAGUUUCUCGGGAGUUAACCCCUUCUGCGCCUCCGUUCACUCCCUCUGCUCCUUCCUCCCCAGAACCAUCCGAUGGUCCCAUUCCUCGUCUCCCCAUCAUGCUGUCGCCACAUCCCUUCUCUAGGCGAGUGCGUUCCUCUUCCUCCUCCCCUCGCCGCCCUCGUCGCGCCGGUACAGGACUACCACACCUCUCUCACCACACAAGCGUCUCCGACUUUGAGCUGGGAGAAUCCGCAUCUGGAGACCGUCCGGCUCGUGAUGAGUUCGAAGAAGAAUUCCUCGCCCAGGGAGUUGCAGAGCAUGACGUUGAAGGGAAAUUAAUUAACUCGCAUUUGGAACGUGUGGAUUUCCGGCAGCUAGACGAUGACGAAGAAGUCCUUAGUGAGUCGGGUUCCCCAAGCGAAAAGAACCAGCAGGAGAAAAAGUCUCCAGCGCAAGCCAUGAAAAAAGCAAAGCAGAGCACCGUGCGCAGCGACUGGAAACGCAUUCCAACCGAAGUUGGUUGCGCGGGCUGCGCGGGUUGUGCAAGAUUGUGCGGUGAGAAUCGGAGGUUGAGGAGACAAAUGGACGAACUUGAAUUUGAACUGGCGAGUGGCGUUUUACACAAUCCCGCAGAUGGAUUUGACCCUCCGGCUGUCAUGUCUGCUGUUCCUAUCCUCCCACAAAUCCCAGUUUCUGCAAAGCGCAAGCGCGGUUGGGGAUCCAAGAUGAAGAAUCCAACCAUUGCAAGCUUGAAUGGGGCGAAGGCUAGUGAAAAGGAAAGAUUAAAGAGCAAGGUUAAUGCACUAACGGUGACGACAGAAUAUUUAUGGAGGAAGUUGAAUAUGGCAGAAAUGGAGCUACGGACAUAUCGACUGAAAGACCUCAGAAAUCGAAUGAAACUGACUAGGACCCUCAAGUGAUUCUGUGAACAAUAGGAGCGAACAGUGCAGAGAGCAAAGUUCAAGGGAGAUGAUAGAGAAAAAAAGCGAGUGAGGUCGUGGCAAGACUGAUGUUUUAACGAUCGUGACUGCAAAAACGGAGACGACUGCCGAGGAAUAUCAGUUGGCAACCAAUAUAUUAAAGAUAACGCACGAGCACCUGUAUACCAUACUCGCGGCAUCUAACGUGGGGAUGUUGGCUGCGAGCUUGCGAGCGACAACUGCAGAUAUUGCGGCGCUUUUCGAUA